AUGUCACUUGACUGGUCGGCAUCUAGUCGAGCCGACGAGUCAGACGAGGUCAGUUCGUCUCGAAGCCACCGUCACCAUGACAACUGCCAAGGUGCUCAGGACGGCGUCCCCCCAGGAUCAUGGAGCAGGUUCGUCAAGAGUUCAAUCGGUGGAAGCAAGAACAAACGUCGCAAGCCCUCGGGCUCGACGCUGCCUUGCUAUACACCACUUUUUCCCUUGGAGAUCAUGCAGCAGCAGUACCCGAUCGACCUUCGCAUCCCAGGGGCGAAGGACUACUCUGGGAAGACAGACCCGGAAGAGCAUGUCAACUCUUUCUACGGGAACAAGAUAAUGAUGGGAGUGUCAGAUGGCGUGAUUUGCCGAGCCUUCUUUUCUACCUUGUCAGGCCGUGCGGCUGAGUGGUUCAAGCCUCUGGAACCGGGCUCAAUAACAUGUUUCGCCGACUUGGCGAUGAAAUUUGUACGACGCUUCGCAACAUCCCGAACCGUUAGGAAGCACUUUACUCAUUUAGAAGCGGCCAAACAGAUGGAAGGGGAGUCGUUGACCAACUUCCUUGUUAAAUGGAAGAAUGCCAUAGGCGAAGUUAAGCCGAUGGAUGACAUGACAACAAUUAAUGUACUUCAUUACUCCCUCCGAGCGGGCGCACAGUACCAAGAUUUUAUAGUGCACCCUCCGCAUACGUAUGAUGAGGCCAUUCGCAGGGUCACCGAUUAUGCUAAUGCCAUGGAGGCAAACUCAGCAAAGAGACGCCAGGAGUUCGGUUCCGGACGGCGUGACAACCGCUCUGACCAGAGGCGGGGUGACCUUCAGCAAGGGUCCCGAGGCAGACUAGAUGAUUUAUCCAAGCUGACCCGACCGGCGGCAGAAAUCCUUGACUACGCACAGGGCUGCAACCUGAUCCAGCUACCAGAGCCCGGCCGUGACGGCCGGGAUACGACUAAGUACUAUGCGUACCACCGGAACCGAGGGCACACCACGGAGGAGUGCCGAGUCCUGAAGGAGGUGAUAGAGGACCUCCUGAAGGAAGGCGAGUUGACUCAAUUCAUAGAGAAGAAAGACAAGGGCAAGAGGUGGAAGAAGUUAUUUAAGAGGUCGGACAAGCAUAAGAAGGACAAAGACCAGGACCCCGACGAAGAACCCCGGUCAUCCGACUCCAAACAAGUUCAUGUCAUAUUUGGAGGCCCGGAAGGGGGAGAUAGCUCCGAAGAACGACGUCAAUGGUGUCAAAACCUAUAUGUCGGGAUCAUUGAAGACGGUUGA